AUGAAGACAUUAGACGCUGGCUUUAUCCUUGGAACACUGGCAUUUGCUUUCUACUUGCCUAUAAUAGUGACAUCCCAUCAAGCACUCACAAUCCCUGCAAAGUUGCAGUUGGCUCGUGGGAGAGUGAUUGUCAACACUACACCCUGCACAGUCACCUGUGGCCUGGGCUAUAAGGAGGAGAGCACCUGUGAGGUUGGCCCUGAUGGGGUGAGGAGGAAAUGUGAGACUCACCACACUGAAUGUUUGACCAAUUGGAUUUGCGGGAUGGUCCACUUCACUGUUCCCAUUGGGAAAGAGUUUGAGCUGACCUGUCUGAGCGAAGACAUCCUCCUCUAUGGGCAGGAGGCUUUCCGUUUCACCUGGAUGCUUGCCCGUGGCAUCAUCUCCACCGACGAUGAAUUGUUUAAACCUUUUCGGCGCUCUAUCCAUUCUAUGGUGCUCAAUCCUGUCCGAGAGCAUGAUUCAGGCACCUAUAGGUGUGAUGUCCAGCUACUGAAGAAUCUGAGGUUUGUCAAGAGGGUCUACUUUGCACUGAGGGUCAUUCCUGCCGACUUAGUGAACCUCAACUUUGAUCAGUCCCUGACCGAGGCGCAGAAAUUAAUAGAUAAGGGGAUGGAUCUGGAUCUAGAUAAACAUACCCAUCUCCAGCGCUCAUUAUGGAAUAAAAAAGUCUGGUUAGCACUGGGGAUAGGAAUUACAGGGGGUGUUAUUGUAGGUGUGCUGGUGAGUAUAGCUGUUCACUAUUUGCUGAAAACUUCCAAAAGAAAGGGCAAGACAGAGAUGUAAUAAUUUGGCCACCAUUCCUUGACAUUUACAAGCCUCAUAGAGGUGCUAACCUUUUUUGGAGAGAAUGGAAUCCCCAUAGAAUUUAUGGGAAAAUGAAAUCUCUGAUGUGCUUUGUCUCUU